UACACAAGAAGAUUCUUAUUUUUGUUACCAUUAUCAUCAUUGCCAUCAUCGUCACCACCAUUGUCCCUGACACCACCGCAACAAUCAGGAUAUAAUGUACAGGUCAGGCAUAUCAUCCCAGAGAAGAUCUUGGCCACUAUAUUUGACAAUCCUUGUUUUUCUUGGAGUGGCGGCAAUCGUGGGAAUAACUAUUGGUCUCCUUGUUCAUUUUCUGGCAGUCGGAAAGAUUUACCAUUACCAAGGGGAUUUUCAUAUUUCUGGAGUCACAUACAAUGAUAGCUGUGAAAAUGCAGCCUCACAAGUUAGCAAAGAUCUGAGCAAAGAUAUUGAGACUAAGAUGCUUGAUGGAUUUCAAAAUUCUAGCAUAUACAAAGAAUAUGUCAACUCUCAGGUCAUCAAACUUCUCCCUUUUCCCAAUGGUUCAAGUGUGCAGUUGCAGCUGACAUUCAAGUUUCCUCCAGCAAAGAGGGGGAUCAUGAAGCCUGCAAUCAAAGCUGUCUUACUUCAGCUGUUGAAAGACAACAUGGCGACCUGGAAUGCAGUUCCAGCUUCCAUUAAACUUACAGAAAUCAGCAAGACUGAUGCUGAAAUGCUUACCAACAAAUGUUGUGGGAGACAACUGGUCAAUAAUAUCAGAGCAGGCAACCGAAUCGUGAAUGGGGGAGAUGCCCAGGCAGGGGCAUGGCCUUGGCAGGCAAGUAUGCAGUGGAAGGGCCAACACAACUGCGGAGCAUCUCUGAUCAGCAGCAGGUGGCUACUAUCUGCAGCUCACUGCUUUACUAAGAAAAACAAUUCAAAAGAUUGGACCGUCAACUUUGGAACUUUAUUAAAUAAACCAUAUCUGACACAGAAAGUCCAAAGCAUUAUUUCUCAUGAAAAUUUUAGCGGGCCUGGGGUCCACAAUGACAUUGCCCUGGUGCAGCUUGCUAAAGAAGUCUCUUUCUCAAAGUAUGUCCGUAAAAUUUGUCUUCCUGAAGCCAAAAUGAAGCUCGCAGACAAUGACAGUGUUGUAGUUACAGGAUGGGGAACACUUUAUAUGAAUGGUCCCUUUCCAAAUAUCCUUCAAGAGGCCUUGGUGAAGAUUAUCGAUAACAAAGUUUGCAAUGCUCCACAUGCAUUAUCUGGCUUAGUGACCGAUAACAUGCUAUGUGCUGGAUUUAUGUCAGGGAAAACUGAUGCCUGUCAGAAUGAUUCUGGUGGACCACUAGUUUACCCUGACUCUAGAAAUAUCUGGCACCUUGUUGGAAUAGUAAGCUGGGGUGAUGGAUGUGCUAAAAAGAAUAAGCCAGGUGUCUAUACUCGAGUGACUGCUUAUCGUGAUUGGAUUACCUCCAAGACUGGACUCUGAAAGAAAAGUAACUUUGGAAUGGAACAUAAAGACAACUGCUGGGUUUCUUAUCUGUUGCUUCAAAAUCUUUUUCUUUUGACUGUUUGGUAUACCAGUCAUUUUCUUAUAUAUAAAUACAUAGAGGUCUUUAUCAAUAUUUUAUUAUACCUAAAACACUAUCCAUUUAUUUCCUCUAUUAACUAAUAGAGAAAACACUAAUAAAAAAUAGAUGGCCAGAAUAUUUUUAAUUGCCUUGUUCUGUUCUAUCCUACCAUUAUAUUCAGAACUGACCUUAACUUACUUUUCAGAAUUAAAAAAACAACAACACAACUUUUAGUAUGAGAACACAAAUGCUAUAUCUACCAAAUAAAUUAUUUUUCAUUCUAUAAAUUAUAAUUACAUUUUGUUAAAGUGGAAUAUAUAAGACAUAAUGUACACUCAUUUUUUUGUUUAUAUGUGAGAUAAUUUGUGUGCCUCAUAAAAUCAUGCAAUCUUUGUGUGGAGAAGGGCCUCAGAGGUUCAACUAGAGCAAGUCUCUCAAUGUAUAGAUUGAGAAACUAAAGACUAAAGAGGAAAAAUUAUUUACUUAAGGUCAAUCUUCAGCCUCGCUGAUAAGUUACAACACUCACAUGAAAUUACCUUCAUAGAGUUUAGAACCAAAAUUAAUCAGGAAUUU